AUGCUCCUAGGAAUACAACGCUUCGGAAUUCUUGUCCUGGCAGUGUCACUUUUUGUCUCCGUGGCGCUUAAUUUGUGGUGGACGUUUCUGAGCAGUAAACCGGAGGUGCAAAACAAAAAAGUAACACCAUGCAGCGCCUCAGAGGCUCAACGAUCCCCAUAUACCGGACUCGCACUCGAUGUUCCAACUCGGUACUCCCUCCACAAUGAGUACCUGAGCUCCAACAAAACUCAUGCUGACCAUAUGUGGGACACCUUGAGCAUUGAUGCUAUGGUCAUUGCCCCCACAAUAGACUGGGCUAGAAAUCGAGGUCUAUCGGACUCCUGGGACUUUCCAUGGGACGCAAAUAGAAAGAUCUACUUCUUGAAAGUGUUCCACCAGCUACACUGUUUAAAGGCAAUGCGUAAAUCCUUUCACCAACUGUGGUCUCAUCAGGAAAGUACUGAAUCGCCUGAGCACAUAGAGCACUGUCUUGACAACCUACGGCAGGACGUUAUUUGCAAAGCGGACGACACACCCAUGCCAUCUCUUGAGCUCAUUAAUGGCGCUGGUGAGGGGCAAAUAAUGCACUGCAAGGACUUUGACCGGCUCGUUGCCUGGACAAAGCACCCUGACCGUAAUGCGUGCUAUAAACGACUGACUGAUGAUAACCCCGACCUACCUAGUAUUGAGCGGUACGCUUUUUGUCCGCCAGAUAGUGAACAUUUCGCGGCUAUGAGUCUGUAUUUCAAAAAGCAUGGACAUGCUAUGGGUCUGCUUGCAGCUCGGUAG